AUGUGGGCUGAAUUGUGGUCUUUCCAUGGCUUCGCAGCGGUCUUUCGCUGGCUGCUUAUGCCAAACACCCAUCUGCCAUCUCUAUCACACGCAGCGUCCGGAGCAGCCCACCAGGCACAGGCUUGGGUGAGCGGCAUAGUCGACUUCAACAAGAACGCGGCAGAGAUUCUCGACGAUGACGGCUGGGAUCCGUUACAAUAUGUCGACCCGCUCAUCGGCUCACGCAAUGGAGGAAAUGUUUUCGUCGGCGCGACCUUGCCGUACGGUAUGGCAAAGGCCUCGCCGGAUACAAACAGCAGUUCUAACCAAGGCGGAUUCACUCUUGACGGCAACCCCAUCACCGGCUUCUCUAGCAUGCACGACUCUGGUACCGGCGGCUCACCAUCUCUGGGAAACUUCCCGCUGUUCGCCUACACGACAUGUCCCAGCGGCGUCAUCAACUUUUGCACGUUCCCCAAGAAGUCGAGAGCCAAGUACGGAUACUUCCACCAGAAAGAUGUCCAAGCGAAGCCCGGGUUGAUGAACAUUACACUGAAGGACGGCAUUCAGGUCGAGAUGACGACAACGCAUCGCACUUCACUGUUCAGAUUCACCUUCCCGCAACAAGGACAGCCUCUCAUUCUUCAAGACCUUUCCGAUCUCUCAGAUUCGAGGCAAGACAAUGCCACGAUCAAGGUUGAUGCCCGGUCUGGACGCAUUACAGGAACCGCUCGCUUCAAUCCUAGCUUCGGUGUUGGCUCAUACGUUCUUCACUUCUGUACCGACUUCCAGGGUGCCGAAAUCCUCGACAACGGAGUCUUCGUCGACAGCCGUGCUAGCGCGGAUGUGAAGAAUAUGACGAUUGCUCGAUCAAUCAAUGGGUACCCCAUCCCGGGAGGAGCUUUCGUUCGAUUCAAGUCGGCAGAGCAACCCAUCACCGCCCGUGUGGCGACGAGCUUUCACAGCACCGAGCGGGCUUGCGCUCAUGCAACGGCUGAGAUCCCCGACUACAACGUUGAGCGGGUGUACAAAGAAGCCAAGAGAGCUUGGAAGAAGAAACUUAGCCCCAUCAAGGUUUCUACCGACCGUGUAGACGAGAAGUUUGCGCGAAACUUCUACAGUGGCAUUUACAGGACCAUGGUCAACCCUCAGAACUACACCGGAGAGAACCCCCUGUGGAGGAGCAGGGAGCCCUACUGGGAUUCCUUCUACUGCCUUUGGGACUCCUUCCGCUCACAGAUUCCAUUUUUGAUCAUCUUAGAUCCCACCGCUGUGACUGAGAUGGUGAGAUCCCUGAUCGAUACCUAUGUCCACGUUGGUUGGCUGCCAGACUGCCGGAUGAGUCUGUGCAAGGGUCUCACCCAGGGUGGAUCAAACGCAGACAAUGUUCUAGCAGAUGCCUAUGUCAAAGGCAUCAAUGAUGGAAUUGACUGGGAUCUCGGCUAUGAAGCAAUGGUAAAGGACGCUGAAGAAGAGCCAUAUGAUUGGAGUGUCCAUGGUCGCGGUGGCUUGGCCAGCUGGAACAGACUCGGCUACAUCCCAGUCCAGGACUUUGAUGUCAAAGGAUUCGGAACCCUCACCCGGAGCAUUUCUAGAACGCUGGAGUACAGCUACAACGACUUCAGCAUUGCCCAGGUGGCGUACGGGCUGGGCAAGGACGACGAUAAGCAGAAGUAUCUGGACUCUAGUCACAACUGGCGAUACCUGUACAAGCAGGACCAGAAGUCAUCGUUCUUCAACGGCACGGACACUGGAUUCAGAGGCUUCUUCCAGCCCAAGUUCCUGAACCAGACCUGGGCAUACCAGAACCCGCUGAACUGCAGUAACCUCGACGGCGCCAGCUCUUGUUCUCUGCAGAACAACGGGCCUGAAACUUAUGAGAGCAGUGCUUGGGAGUAUGGAUUCUUUGUUCCGCACGACCAGGCAACCUUGAUCAACACAUAUGGUGGUCCGGAUGCAUUCGUCAAGAGACUUGACUUCUUGCAUGAUCAGAACAUCACCUAUAUCGGCAACGAGCCUUCGUUCCUUACGGUCUUCCAGUACCACUAUGCCGGGCGCCCUGCUCUCUCCGCCAGGCGUGCGCACUUCUACGUCCCAUCCUUCUUCUCAACUGCGCCCGACGGUCUCCCUGGCAACGAUGACAGCGGAGCUAUGGGCUCUUUCGUGGCCUUCACUAUGAUGGGACUCUUCCCGAACCCUGGCCAAGACGUCUACCUCAUCACCCCGCCCUUCUUUGAGAGUGUGGAGAUCAAGCACCCCCAGACAGGCAAGACAGCCAAGAUCCGCAACGUCAAUUUCGAUCCCACGUACCGGAGAAUCUACAUUCAAAGCGCCACCUUGAAUGGAGAGCCGUACAGGAAGAAUUGGCUGAACCACACCUUCUUUACGGAGGGUAUGGAGUUGGUGUUGACAUUGGGCCGACGUGAAAGCGACUGGGGUACGAGGAUUCAUGAUCUGCCACCCAGCCUGGGCGAGUACAAGGGUUUCAAUAGAACAUUCCCCUCGGCGAUAGUGUCAAACAGAACUACUAGACGAUCAGAGGCUCUGUACGAGGGAGAAUUCGAGAACGAAGGCGCGAACUUUGGCGGUAUAUAG